GAACGCCGACACGUGUUUUGAUGUAGGUGUUAAAAUGUGUAAAUAUUCGUGAAGCAGUUAUUGGUUUUUAUAAUAUUAUCAGAACUGUUGGAGUUGAUUUGUUAAAUUAAAAUGAGUGCAAAAAGAGAAAACAAAAUGUCUGGGAGAAAACUUCCUAUCGACAAAGAAAAACUGCAAAAGUAUGAUAGAGGAGCAGCUGUAAAUUUGAAAACUGGAGUGAAAAGCAAGGUUCACAGGCAAAGAUUACGCCAGAAAGAAAAAUUUAUAGAGACUAUGGCUGAACAGGCUGCUCGCACAGAAAUGUUAUUGACUGAGGAUCCUGGUUAUUUAGACACUGAUCUUGGCGAAACAACAACUCAAUUUAAACAAAAUGAAAUUAUCGCCCAUACUGAUAUUACCAGUGCAGCAAAGAGUUUUGAAUUAAAACUAGAAUUUGGUCCUUAUAAAAUGAGAUACACAAGAAAUGGAAGACAUUUGGUUAUUGGUGGUAAGAAAGGUCAUGUAGCUGCAUUUGAUUGGGUUACAAAAAAGUUGGCUUGUGAAAUGAAUGUUAUGGAAUCUAUUCAUGAUGUUUGCUGGCUACAUAUAGAAACAAUGUUUGCAGUAGCACAAAAAAAAUGGGUCUACAUUUAUGAUAAUCAAGGGAUUGAAUUACAUUGUCUAAAAAGAAUGGAUCAAACUACCUGUUUAGAAUUCUUACCAUAUCAUUUCCUUUUGGCAUCAGCAUCUGCCCUUGGAGGUUUGUCAUGGCUUGACAUUUCUAUAGGAAAAAUCAUCUCACGUUAUGAUUCAAAAAUAGGAAGAAUAGAUGUGAUGACAAAAAAUCCAUACAAUGCUUUACUCUGUGUAGGAGAAUCUAAAGGAAUAGUGUCAAUGUGGUCUCCAAAUUCACAUCAGCCUUUAGCAAAAAUGUUGUGUCACAAGCAAGCUGUAAGUGCUUUAGCUAUACAUCCACACGGAACCUAUAUGGCCACAGGUUGUCCUGAUCGCUCAUUGAAAGUAUGGGAUAUCAGACAGCUUUCAGGACCUGUACAAUCUGCAAUUUUACGUUUUCCCGCACAAAAUUUAUCAUACAGUCAGCGUGGCUUAUUAGCUGUAGCAAUGGGAAAUGUUGUUGAAGUGUACAAUGAUGUAACUAGUGAAUUCAAACCAUAUAUGAGACAUAAAUCAAAUUGGAGUGUAUCAGACUUACAAUUCUGUCCUUAUGAAGAUGUCCUAGGAUUUGGUAAUAUCAAAGGAUACUCAUCAAUAUUAGUUCCAGGCUCUGCAGAAGCCAAUUUUGAUGCACUGGAAAUAAAUCCUUAUCAGAAUAAAAAACAAAGAAAAGAAGCUGAAGUGAAAGCUCUUCUUGAUAAAAUUCAGCCUGAGCUUAUUGGUUUGGAUACAUCUACAAUCGCCGAAAUUGAUAUUCCUACUUUAAAAGAUAGAGUUGAAGCUAAGAAAAAACUACUUUAUUUAAAGCCAAAGAAGAUCGACUUUAAACCACGAAAAACGAAAGCUAAAGGAAAGGGUGGCACUGCUAAGGUGGUUAAAUCUAAAAAGGCUCUCAAAGAACAAGCUCGAAAGGAUAAUAUCAAAGCGAUGCGUGAAGCCAACGUUCUUAUUGAUAUCAAAAAGAAGGAGACGGCCAAGAAAUCAUUUGGCGUUUUGGAUAGAUUUUUACCCAAAACUAAGUAAGCCUAAAAUAUCAGUUAAUUUAAAAUUUGUACAAAGAGUAUUAAAAAUAUUAAUA